UUCUAACUUUGCCUGUUGCGCGUACUCUGAGCGUACGGCGUGAGUGCGUGCGUGUGUGUUUGCGUGUGUGCGUGUGGGUGUGUGUCAGAGCCCUCCCAUCUGUGGAAGACACCCGAUGAUGGAUGGUGCGCUCGGAUGAAGGCAGACCUCAAAGCGCGGCCCAGUGGCAUGCAGAGAUCCGCGCUGUGCUCCUGAAGCCCGUCACCUGCAUGAAGCGGAGAUGGAGUUCAGAUAGACGCACCGCUCCAGCCCUGGGACUGAUCGCUGCGACUUCCGCUCUGGAUUCCUGCACUUUGUGUUUAGUCGCCGUGAGAAAAUGUGGAGACUCACCAACUUGUUGGCCUGUCUGCUGGUGUUGUGUAAGGACGCGUCCUCACAGAACAAGAUCUUUGGGGACACUGAACCUGUCAGGAUGACAUCAGAGGGCUCCGACUGCCGCUGUAAGUGCAUCAUGCGUCCUCUGAGUAAGGAUGCCUGCCUGCGGCUGCGCAGCGGCAGCGUCCGCGUGGAGGACUUCUAUACAGUGGAGACGGUCAGCUCGGGAUCAGACUGUAAGUGCUCCUGCACGGCUCCGCCGUCCUCACUCAACCCCUGUGAGAAUGAGUGGAAGAUGGAGAAGCUGAAGAAACAGGCCCCGGAGUUAUUAAAGCUCCAGUCUAUGGUGGACCUCCUGGAGGGAACCCUGUACAGUAUGGAUCUACUGAAGGUCCACUCCUAUAUCAACAAGGUGGUCUCUCAGAUGAACACCCUGGAAGAGAAUCCCCAAACAAUUCACUUUUCUGAAAUGCAUGACAAAAAAUAUACAUUUUCAAAUAUUCAAUUUUUUUUAGCUUUACCUGUAAUAGUUUUCUACAUCAUAAACAAAGACUUUUUAUCAUAUWUUUUUAUAGAAGUUAGCCCACACCUUAAAAAUACACCACAAAUCAAACCAUUCCCUAGGAAACACAACCCUCUGAUGUCUUCACAGGACACUCAUGAUGAGAAAGUCAAGCCUCCAGGAAAGGUAGCAAACAAAAAGACCCCUGCUGCCAAAACGCCCGCAAAGGCACCCAAAGAAAAACCAGUCAAGCCCAAGAAAGAGGUCAUAAAGCCUGGAAAACCGGCUAAGCCUGACCCGACUCCAAAAACAAAGGUGGGUGGCCAGCAGCCUGGCGUGGUGAGGAGCAUCACAUACUACAAGGCCUCCAAGACCAACCAAGAUGACCAAAGAGGAGACCACUCUGUGAAAACACACCCGGUCCAUCACCUAWCAGAAAAUGAGCCUGAGGAUGGAGGGACUGAAACUAUCCUAGAGCCUGUUGAGGGAACUGUGGCUGAGACCUUUGACCCCACUACAGCUCCCAUUGCUACCACUACCACCACCACCACUACUACCACCACCACCACAAUGUCCACCACCUCAGAGCCCACUACUACCACUACCCAAAGCACGCCCCGGUCUGAAAGACCAGCUCCUACUAUUGUGCUGGUGCUGGACAACUCCAACAACAACAGUCGGCCCAGCCUCCACAGAGAAGGGAAGAUCCUCAACUGUGAAGGAACUCUGGCAUCCAUUGAGCAACCGGAGAAACAACACAGCUAUGGGCGCAAUGAGGGAGCCUGGAUGAAGGAUCCUUUGGCUAAGGACUCCAAAAUCUACGUGACUAAUUACUACUAUGGCAACAACCUGGUGGAGUUCCGUAACCUGGACAACUUCAAACAAGGGCGUUGGAGUAAUCUUUACAAACUGCCCUAUAACUGGAUYGGGACUGGCCAUGUGGUUUAUAACGGAGCUUUCUACUACAACAGGGCCUUCACUAAGAACAUCAUUAAGUAUGAUCUGAGGAUGCGAUACAUGGCAGCGUGGACUCUGCUGCAUGAUGUUGUCUACGAGGACACCAACCGCUGGAAGUGGAGGGGGCACUCGGAUAUCGACUUUGCGGUUGACGAAAGUGGCCUGUGGGUAAUCUACCCAUCUCUGGACUAUGACUACAACCAGCAAGAGUUGAUUGUGAUCAGUAAACUGGAYCCCGGAGACCUGUCCCUGAAAAAGGAAACRACCUACCGAACAGGCCUCAAGCGGAACUCUUAUGGAAACUGCUUCAUCAUCUGCGGUGUUCUGUACGCUGUCGAUGUGUACAACCAGAAAGAAGCUGAGGUGAACUAUGCUUAUGACACCCACACAAAUACGGAGGCAAUCCCACGUUUGCCAUUCACCAACGAGUACUCCUUCACCACCCAGAUCGACUACAACCCAAAGGAUAAGCUUCUGUAUGCAUGGGACAAUGGCAAUCAGGUCACAUAUCAGGUGAAYUUCAUUGAGGAAUGAGCACAGGUAAUUUGUGUCCAGGCUUGCCAGGAUGGCAACCAGUUAGAGGAUUCUCAGUAUUUAUCUAUAAGAACUCAUGUAGAACCUAUCAUUGGACGUAGAUCUGUUUUUUGGGCMUCAGUUAGGCUUUACAGCCUUCCCUGGUAUCUUCUAAAGCAUGUUGUUAUGCAAUGUUCCAAUCCUUACAUUUUUUUGCCCAGCUUUGGAUAAUAAAUAAUAAUAACAAACUGAAAACAGUAUUAUUUUGCUGGUUUACUACCAAUCAGCUGACUACUGAAUACAAGUUGGGGCAGAAAAUAUCCUUCUUAGAAUGUAUUUGAUCAGUUUUUCUAUUUUGUUGUCAAAAGAACCCUAAAACAAGACAAAACAAAACAUAUAUGAUCCAAAGCUGGUGUAUUUAGUAGAUAGGAUGGCUGUCACUCUAGUAAAUUUUGCUGGAUGAUAAAUUGCCCCAGAAAUUAUUGAGAUAAACAAUACCAUUGUGGUUUUGAGAUCAUUAUCAACUAUAUAAUGAUAAUGRCAUAAUAAUGUAAGUUCMCUCUUGCAUUAUUGAGGAUGAACUAAAUACCAAAUUUCAAGGAAAUUUUGUUCUUUACAAAAGAAUUUCACAACGACCAAAAUCUAUAAAUAAAAAAGGAAAUAAACUCUACAAU